CCACUUGGCCGUAUAUCGAACUACAGCUCCCUUCGCAAGCAUCGUCCUGCAGAGUAUCACAUCCACGAUGCCUUCUUUGAUCGCUCUGAGGCUCAGCCGCGCUUCAUCAUCAAACCGUACAGCACUACAGUAACAGAAGGACAAAGCGCAAACUUCUAUUGUCGUGUGAUCGCCUCUUCACCACCCAUCGUCACCUGGCAUCACGACAUGACCGAGCUGAAGCAGAGUGUGAAGUAUAUGAAGAAAUACAAUGACAACGACUACGCUCUUACCAUCAAUAGAGUGAAGAUGGAGGACAAGGGUGAGUACAUUGUGAGGGCGAAGAACACUUACGGAUCGAAGGAGGAAGUUGUUUUCCUGACUGUGCAGAAAAAGAGCGAAGACUUCGUUUCGCGUCCUCUAGAACCUAUGCGAAAGGCUCCAACACCACCAAGGGUGGAAGAAUUUAGGGAGAAGGAAAUUCCUCCAAACUUCACUUUCCAUCUGCGUCCACGGCUCAUCCAAAAGAAUCACCAGUGCAAGUUGAUAUGCUCUUUGCAAGGGUAUCCAAUACCGAAGGUGGAGUGGUUCAAGGAUGGAGCACCAGUAAACCAAGACCGUGUGCAGACAACGUUCCGAAGUGGAGUGUGCAGUCUGGAGAUCUUUAAUACUCGGCUGGAUGACGCGGGCACGUACAGUUGCACAGCUAGCAGCCCUCUGGGAGAAGCUACCACCGAAUGCGUAGUGACGGUGCAGACAAAAGCCGGAGAGCCAAUGCCACGGGUCUCCUCUUACCGAACUAGCAGCUAUAGAAGAUCAGUUUAUGACUCGCUGAGCGCAAAUGAUGUAGAGCGAUCGCGGUCAUACGCGGAUAUCCGUUCGGAUUCAUCUUCAAAAUAUUUGCAAGAAAGCUCUUCACCGGAAAAGCGAUCAGCUGCUGAUGAUCUAAAAAUGAAAAUUUCAUCAGAACCACCAAAUUUCACUAGCAAGUUAAAAGACGUCAACGUUAGUCAAGGAGAGUUGGUUGAGAUGUCUUGCGAGGUCGGUGCCACCCCAUCACCCCUAAUCGAGUGGCUCCACAAUGGCGAGAAAGUAACGGAUCCAAGACUAGUUACAUCCUAUUCGAAUGGCAAAGCUACACUAAGGAUUACUGAGGCUGAACCUAAUGACGCAGGAGAAUAUAUGUGCAAAGCCAGCAACUCCGCUGGAGAUGAAUCGUGCCGAGCAAAUCUUACAGUACAACCGAUUAGCAACGGAAAUGUAAAUGGUGUCAAUGGAACUGAACACAAAGAAGACGGAGCCCGAGAAGAAGAACUAAGGUUAGUCACUUAA